AUUGCACGAGGGGGGUGGCGGACACUGAGUGGAGGCCAGUGGAGGGAUUGGCAGAGGGGGGUGGCGGACACUGAGUGGAGGUCAGUGGCGGGAUUGGCAGAGAGGGGGGUGGCGGACACUGAGUGGAGGUCAGUGGAGGGAUUGGCAGGGGGGUGGAGGACACUGAGUGGAGGUCAGUGGCGGGAUUGGCAGAGGGGGGUGGCGGAAACGGAGCGGUUGGUAAGGAUGGACUGAAGCGGGGAUAGCCAGCGGCGAGGCAGGCCAGUGAGGAGGGAGUUGCAGUAGUCGAGUCGUGAUAUGAUGAGGGAGUGG